UUUUUCUCUUUUCAUGAAGCUCUUUAUAAUAAUUGUAGCAUCUCUGAUUGCUAUUGCCAACUCACAAGAAGAGGCUAAACUCAUUCGUCUUCCCAUCAUUCAGAAGAGGACACAACAUGAAUUGUACAAAAGAGAUGAAUUUAAUACAAACGUUUACAAUGACAAUGGUUCGAUUUAUUUAGUAAGAAUUGAAGUUGGUACACCACCUCAAACAUUUGAGCUUGCUCUUGAUACUGGAAGUGCUGAUUUAUGGGUACCUGGAUCAAAAUGCCCUUCUUCUUUCUGCCCUUUUGCCAAAUUUGUUGAGUCCAAUUCAAGUACAUUCAAAUCAUUAGGUCAGAACUUUAACAUUACUUAUGGAGUUGGUUCUGCCAGCGGCCUUUAUGCACAAGAUAUUAUCACUAUUGGUGGUGCUACUAUACAAAAUCAACAAUUUGGCAUUGUCAAUACUACAAAGAACAUAUUAACACAAUUACAAACACUUACGGGUGAGUCUUAUACUCCUACUGCAGGCUCAACAGAUAAUUUGACCACCUACAGUCAAGAACAUCGUAUGAAUGGUAUUUUUGGACUCGCAUAUCCUCUUAUUACAGCAUCUACUCAAAAAGAAUACAUGCCUUUCUUUUUUAGCUUGAAAGAACAACAGAAGAUUUCUCAGCAUGUAUUUUCCAUCUUCCUCAACAGCUCCGAUGCAACAGGUAAUGCUGGUCAAGUUAUAUUUGGUGGUAUUGAUACAACAAAAUACAAGGGCGCUUUAAUUUAUGUACCCGUCUCAAAAACAACAAAACAAGGCACACAAGCAGAUUAUGGAUAUUGGCAAACUUACGGCCAAGGUCUGGGCGUCUCAAGCUCAGGUGCCAAGAAAUUAAGCCUCACGUUUGAAUCUACCACCAAUUUCGUAUUUGACACAGGCACUACCUUAACUUACCUUCCUACACAAGUCAUUGAGCCUUUAUUUGAAGCAGCUUUUGGCAAUCAUAAUCUAGCUUAUGACGCAAACAAUAAUUACUUUCAAGUCAAUUGCUCUCUUGCUCAAGAAAACAUUACAGUUCAAUUUAUGUUAUCAACAAGCAAUCAAGUAUCAGACAACCCUGUCGUCUUGAAUGUACCUAUUUCUGAUCUUAUUUUCCCACUUGACGCAAAUUCAAUGGCGACAGCUUCCAUAUGUAUGGUUGGUAUUGUACCUACAAGUAAAUCCAUCUUCCUCGGACAGUCUGUAUUAAGAAGCUUUUUUCAAGUAUAUGACAUUGAUCAGAACCGGAUUGGUGUUGCUAGUGCAGUAGGAUCUGAUUCCUCAGUAACAAGCAACUCCAGCAAUAUAACAACAGACACCAAGGUUAUUUCUAGUAGUACGCACGUAUCUUGCACACAUGCAUUCUUCAUUUUUAGUAUUUUACUUAUUAUUCUUACUCUAUAACUCUCUCUUCUCCUUUCUUCUGUCUUUUAAUAUGUUUAUGCACACAUUCAACAUGACUAGAAUACGGCAAUAUUACUGGCUAUUAAUGCUAGCCUACACGAAUGGUUUUAAACUGUAAAAUAAAAAAACCACUUGCUAUAAUAAAACUAGUUAUUUUAUCUAAUUACACGAAUUACAACUGCCACAUUCUUUGAAGAAGAGUGUCU